AUGGGUAAAGACUUCCGCUACUAUUUCCAGCAUCCCUGGUCGCGCAUGAUUGUGGCUUACCUGGUGAUCUUCUUCAAUUUCCUCAUAUUUGCCGAGGACCCAGUCUCUCACAGCCAGACCGAAGCCAAUGUCAUCGUGGUUGGAAACUGCUUCUCGUUCGUGACCAAUAAGUACCCCCGUGGCGUUGGCUGGAGGGUGCUGAAAGUGCUGCUCUGGCUGCUGGCCGUCCUCACCGGACUGAUAGCCGGCAAGUUUCUGUUCCACCAGCGCCUGUUUGGUCAGCUGCUCCGGUUAAAAAUGUUCCGAGAGGACCACGGGUCGUGGAUGACGAUGUUCUUCAGCACAGUCCUCUUCCUCUUCAUCUUUUCCCACAUUUACAACACGAUUCUUCUGAUGGAUGGAAACAUGGGGGCUUAUCUCAUCACAGACUACAUGGGCAUCCGGAACGAGAGCUUCAUGAAAUUGGCUGCAGUUGGGACGUGGAUGGGGGACUUCGUCACAGCCUGGAUGGUCACGGAUAUGAUGCUGCAGGACAAGCCCUACCCCGACUGGGGAAAAUCCGCAAGAGCUUUCUGGAAGAAAGGAAACGUUAGGAUUAUUCUGUUCUGGACAGUGCUCUUCACGCUGACCUCUGUGGUGGUUCUUGUCAUCACCACCGACUGGAUCAGCUGGGACAAGCUGAACCGGGGAUUCCUGCCCAGCGACGAGGUCUCCAGGGCGUUCCUCGCGUCUUUCAUCCUGGUUUUCGACCUGCUAAUUGUGAUGCAGGACUGGGAGUUCCCACAUUUCAUGGGCGACGUGGACGUGAAUCUUCCUGGGCUGCACACACCUCACAUGCAGUUCAAGAUCCCCUUCUUCCAGAAGAUCUUCAAGGAGGAAUACCGCAUCCAUAUCACAGGUAAAUGGUUUAACUACGGGAUUAUCUUCCUCGUCUUGAUUUUGGAUCUUAAUAUGUGGAAGAACCAAAUAUUCUAUAAACCUCACGAAUACGGGCAGUAUAUUGGUCCAGGGCAGAAGAUCUACACGGUGAAAGAUUCAGAAAGCCUAAAGGAUUUGAACAGAACCAGGCUUUCCUGGGAGUGGCGGUCCAAUCACACCAACCCUCAGACCAAUAAGACAUAUGCAGAGGGAGACCUUUUCCUGCACAGCAGGUUCACAGGCGCCAGUCUCGAUGUCAAAUGUCUGGCUUUUGUUCCCAGCUUGAUUGCUUUUGUGUGGUUUGGAUUCUUCAUCUGGUUCUUUGGGCGGUUUCUGAAAAAUGAGCAGGGCAUGGAGAACCAAGACAAAACUUACACUCGCAUGAGAAGGAAAUCCCCGUCAGAACACAGCAAAGACAUGGGGCUAACUCGAGAGAACACCCAGGCUUCAGUGGAGGACCCGCUGCACGACCCACCCAUGGUGUGCAUUGGGCCCGACUUCAAUGAGAUCGUCUACAAGUCUUCACACCUGACAUCGGAAAACCUGAGCUCGCACCUGAAGGAGGCAGCUGGCGUGGCAGAGGCCGGCCAGGAGCCCGUGACCCCCAAAGGCUCCCCGACGAACUAGAGCCCCUCACUCUGGGACAGCACAGCAGCAGCAGCCUUGAGUGCAACUUUAGAAUGUUAGUCCUUCCUUUUGUCAAUGUCAGGUUUACGUAGCAUUAGAAACACAGAUGAUGCCACAACGGUGCUCUACAUGCUUUUUCUAGAACCCCUUGUUUUGUAUUUGUAUUAUGAUCCACGUGCCUCCAGUACAUCCAACAGUCCUCUAAAGGCUGCUUUCCCUCCGCACAAGCUGCUUCCUGAUGUCACAAGGCGGUAGAAGACCCGAGCCUCGACGUGUCUGAUGUUCAACCAUAGUGGUGCCUUGAGACAAUGAAGUGUCUCUCACUGUAGCAGAAAUGAGUGUGGGACAGGGCAGUUUUGUGCACACUUGUUUUGAUCCCCCUUGAUGUCUGAGCUGAGUGGCUCUGGAAGGCUGUGCGUCUCUGACUGGACAGCUGGGGUGCAGGGAAGCCGGGCUGGGGGGCGUUUACCUGUUAAUUUCCAUUGGCUGUCAGCCAACUGGGAACAUGAGAAAGAAGUCUCACUUGUAGGACUGUCGUCCAACAUGGGUCACUGCUCGUGAAAUGUGACUUUCUCCAGCCAGUAACUGUAAUUAGGCAAUAAUACCUAAUUAUGUUUUCCUAAUUAAAGAUAUAUUGCUACUUCAUUAAAACUCCUGCCCUUCGCCUUUGGGAAUAAAGGUUAAGAGGUGCAGCUGGGUGAACUCUCAAGUGUAUUGGCGUUCAUAGCAAGUCAUGGACGAGCAAGGACUGUGGUUGCCAUCAAGUCCACCGUCUCCAAAGCUUGGGGUCCCUGGGCAGUUGGGGUUGGAAGACGCAGGCCAGUGCUGAGCCAGCGAGCUGCUCCGAUGGGAGGCUUGUGGAGUGGGGAAAGCAGUGCAUGAUGGCAUCUGUUCUAGUGUCUUGUUCUGUGCGUGCGUGUUUUUGUUUUUUUCAAGAACGGACAUCACACAUUAAUAAAUGAGAAUUACACCAUAGUUAUCUGAUGUUGGUUUCUGGGGACAAGUCAGUGGUGUCUUAGCUGAAGCGUCCAUCAGAGAACGUUUCCCUAAAGCUUGUGCCUGGUGAGUUCACAAGUGGAACGCCUCUGAAUCACAUCGCGUCUGCUUGAGGAAGAGAGAGGAGAUCAGAAUUAAGACAAAAUUCUUUUCUUGUCACAUGCUGACAUAGCUGAGUUUUGUCUUUGUGAUUUUUUUAAGUCUCUCUUUCUUUGAUCAAUCUGUUCCCAAGCUUGCAGCGUGCUGAACUGAGCGUGCAAAACCAAACUAUGCAUUUACCCGUCACUGGAGACCAGCUUUAACACACGGCUUUCUUCUGUUGUCUACUCAGCAGUUGGAACUGUGCACCUGCUGCUGCUUUUGCCUUUAAGAGUCAUGCGUGGUGCUACCUAGAAUCAUAAAUA